AUGUCUUGCUUCAGCCGCUCUAAGUACAAGACCGGGGACCUGGUGUUUGCCAAGCUAAAGGGCUAUGCCCACUGGCCGGCGAGGAUCGAGCACGUCGCUGAACCCAACCGCUACCAGGUGUUCUUCUUCGGGACCCACGAGACGGCCCUGCUAGGCCCCAAGCACCUGUUCCCGUACGAGGAGUCCAAGGAGAGGUUCGGCAAGCCCAACAAGAGGCGCGGCUUCAGCGAGGGGCUGUGGGAGAUUGAGCACGACCCUAUGGUCGAGGCCUCCCCUUGCCUGGGCUCAGAGGAGGAGCAGCCCUGCGACCAGGGGCCCGGGCAGGGGGAGGAGCCCGAGGAGCUGGAGGAGCUGGAGGAACCGGACGAGCCGGACGAGCCGAAGGAGCCCAGGCAGGAGCUGGAGCCCGAGUCCCUACCUGACCUGGAGCCAGAGCCGGGGCCUGAGAGCGAGUGUGAGCAGGAGCCGGAGCCACGGCCUGCCUAUGGCCUGCUGGACGCCGCGGAGGAAGAGCCAGGCCUUGCCGAGGCCGAGCCAGGAGAUGAGGAGGCCGAGCCAGGAGAUCAGCGGGCUGAGCAGGUGCUAGAGCAGCAGGCUGAGGCCGAGGCCGAGGAGGAGCCAGGGCGUCUGAAGAGGAGCGCGCCGGAGCAGCCGCAUGAUCCCCCCAAACGGCCCAGGGAGGCGGCGCCCGGCGGCCCACUGGAGAUGGAGCCGGCUGGAGAGCGCGAGGCUGAGGCCUGCCCCAUCAUGGAGGAGCCUGACCAAGCCCAGGAGCAGCAGCCUUCGCUGGAGGAGGAGGCCACAGAGGAGGCGGUCCAGGCCCUGAUUGGUGGAGAAAUCGAAGGCCUGUAG